CAGGCGAGUGGUGAUUGGCGGGCUGGAGCACCGGGACCGUGGAGCGCGACAUCUGGUUUUAGGCGGGAAUUGAAACCGCCGCUGCUGCUCUCCAGCUCCAGAGCACGGCUGCUCUAGGAAAGGCCCCAUGGCGCGCCCUACCAGAAAUAAAAAACCAGUCAACUAUUCACAGUUUGAGGAUUCUGGCAAUGACUCUGAUGAUGAUUUUAUUUCUUCAUCUAUACCUGUAAAGAAGUCAAAAACCGUGCCAAAGGUUUUAAAUCAAGACAAACCAAAACCUAACUUGAAGAAUCUUCAAAAAGAAGAGGUCUUAUCAACAGAACCCCCUAAAAAAAGGGUGGCUUUAGAUGACAAGGUCUUCCAGAGAGGCCUAGAAGUUGCCCUGGCUUUAUCUGUGAAGGAACUUCCAACACUCACCAACCAAGUGAAGAAGUCCGAAGAGAAAAGUAAUGACAAACAAGGCAAAGGGAAAACAGAGAAAACAGAUAAACCUCCUCGUGUCUCUAACUGCAGUGUAACCAGUGAUGAUGUAGAUUUGGACAAGAUAACAGAGGAGGGGGACAGCGCCGGUGUUGAAGGAGAGGCGAAAGCAACAUCUAAAGCCAGGGCUCAGCAGAGGAGGGUGCUUCCAGAAGGCGGCGGCGGUGGCGGCAGUGCUAAUGACACUGAGCCAGAGAGUGCGACUGGCGAAGAUUCAGAAAGUGAUCCUGAUUUUGAUGAGAGUGAAGAAAGUGAUGAAGACUUUGGUGUGAGAAGAAGUAAAGAAACAAAGAAGAAAACAGUGCAGAAAAAACCCGCAGGGGGAAAGAAGGAAAGGAAAUCAAAACCGAAAUGUGAGGCGGCAUCGGUGACUUCAGUGGACCCUGCUCCAGCUGCCAUCAAGUCAGGAUCUCCACCCUUACCCCAGGCAGUCGGCCUUCCUUCUGAGGCCGCUAGGAAACCAGCAAUAAUGUGCAGCCCUUCAUCCGAGAGCAAGAGGCCCAAGUGGGUCCCCCCAGCUGCCUCUGGGAGCAGAAACUCGAGCAGCAGCGCAUCGGCAGGAACACCCGCCAAGUCCCCAAGUCAGAGCCUGCGGCUGGGCCUCUCCCGAUUAGCGCCAGUUAAGCAUUUGCAUCCAAGUGCCACAAGCAGCCAAGUGCGAUAGCAGGAAAGGGCUGCUGGGACCCUGGGACUGCAAAGCGGGUUGUCAUUCAGCUUCCACAUAAAAGAGCCUUUAAUGGAUCACAUGAAGGACCAUGUCUGUGCCAUUCUGGUCUCAUCAGAGCCUUUUGUCCUUCAGCAGAGAGUUCUGGGACCUCUCCUUGUGCCACUCGUGAAGAGUGUGUUGUGUUUUCUUACGUUUUAUAUGUCACCGUCACUCGGGCUCUGCGGCACAUCUGUAAUCAUGUCUCCCAGCUCUGUCUGGCAAGGGGGCAUCCUGGGCUCCUUCAGGAGGCGUUUCUGGAAUCUCUCCUAUACUACAUUCUUCAGGUUCAUUACGAGCUUGCUCUCUUUGUCCAGGUCUUUAGUAAAAAUUCUGCUUUUGUACAUAUUAAGAUGUUGACUGUACUGCAGCAGGUGUCCUUACAUGGGAACAGAUGGUUAGUGUACAGCAGAUAGAAUUUCAUAACACUGUAUGAACUUGUCCUUGUCAAAACCUUUAAUAAACGUGAAAAGAUUUAAAAUGUGUUCAUUGACAUUGUGGAUCUACAUUUUGCUAAAAGGAGGCUUCUGUGGUCAGCAUAAGCAAGGGCAAGCGGGGCCUUCAUCACUGUAGAAGCCCAAGGUUGAAAGACUGUCACCUCGGCACCUGUUAUUAGCUAAUGCAGCCUCUCAAGAAGCUUAGAUUUAUUGUCAAUAAAAUUAUUUUUAUGGUGAGAAUGUCAACCUGUUUCUGAUUACUUUUUAAUAAAGAAUUUCAUGUUUUCUGUAAAA